GAGUGGUGAAAGGGGUUCGCCCCUUUUCAACGCUGUCGCUAUAAAGUGUGUCCCGUUGUGCAACAGAAGCAUAGUUUAGCUGAACGCACAAUCAACAUGUUUGCCAAGAUCAUCGUCGCCUCUGCGGCUGCGGCUGCUGCCUACGCCGGAGGCAUCGCUGCUCCCGCUUACGGCCUUGCCGCCCCUGCUCUGGCUCACGGAUACGCUUCCCCAGCUCUCACCGCUGGAUACGCUGCGCCUCUGGCUUACGCUGCAGCCGCCCCCGUAGCUAAGAUCGCUGCUGCCCCUGUAGUGGCUAAGGCAGACAUCGCCUACCCUCCCCAGCCAUACCAGUUCGGUUAUGAGUCUGUCGAUGAGUAUGGCACUAAGCAGGCUCGCCAUGAGGUCUCUGAUGCCUACAACAACAAAAAGGGUUCGUACUCGUUCGUCGAUGCUCGUGGCAUUUCCCGUCGCGUUGACUACGUUGCUGAUGUUGCUGGAUUCCGAGCCACCAUCCACACGAACGAGCCCGGAACUGCUCCUUCGGCUCCGGCUGCAGCUCUCUACAACUCCGCGCCUGUUGCAAUUAAGGCCAUUGGUGCCGCCCCCGUGGCGGUCAAGACCGUUGCUGCUGCCCCCGUUGCCGCCUACGCUAAGGCUCCUGUCACUGCUCUCGGCUAUGGACCUUAUUACAAUGGUAAAUCCACUUUCCCGUGUAUCCGCCGGUUGGAUGUUCGCGGGCGUCGCAAAUUUUUCUGGUCUUUUGUGGAGUGGCGGCUUGGACUCGCCCCUUUAAACGGCGCUAUAAAGACUGCUUGGCCGUCUACCGAAAGCGUAUUUCACCAAUACAUCGAAAAAUACAACAUGUUCACCAAGAUCGCCGUCGCCUCCGCGGUACUUGCCGCCGCCUAUGCGCGGGACAUCGCUGCUCCUGCUUACGGCCUCGCUGCGCCCGCUUUGGCCGCUCCUGCUUUGGCUGCUCCUGCUUUGGCUGCUCCUGCUUUGGCUGCCCCUGCUCUGACCGCCGGGUACGCUGCCCCUACUCUGGCCGCCGGAUACGCUGCCCCUGCUUUGGCUGCUCCCGCGCUUGCACAUGGAUAUGCCGCUCCCCUGGCCCAUGCUGCCCCCCUGGCUCAUCCUGCCCCCCUAGCCUAUGCUGCAGCCGCACCCGUAGCUAAGAUCGCUGCCGCCCCCGUUGUAGCUAAGGUUGCCGUCGUUUACCCUCCUCAACCAUACCAGUUCGGCUAUGAGUCUGUCGACGAGUACGGAACCAAGCAGGCCCGCCACGAAGUUUCGGAUACUUACAACAACAAGAAGGGUUCAUACUCGUUCACUGAUGCUCGUGGUCUUGCCCGCCGCGUCGAUUACGUUGCCGAUGCCGCCGGUUUCCGCGCCACCGUCAACACCAAUGAACCUGGAACCGCUUCAUCUGCUCCAGCUGGUGCCCUCUACAAUGCCGCGCCCCUUAAGGCUGUGGCUACCGCCCCUCUCGCUGUCAAGGCAGUAGCGGCCGCCCCUGUGGCCGUCGGCCCCAUUGCCGCCCACGGUUAUGGACACUACUAACCUAUUUUCAAGCCGUUUUCUAGAAUAUUCUCUAGAACCCCAUAGUUCUGUGAUACUUACGUCUCAAACUUCUUAGGUCUGUUGAGGAAACACUUUCGUUUCAUAUUCAAAUAAAUCGUUGUCGAUAAUUGUUACAAUCCUA